AGUGAGGAAAUGUUUAUGUCAGCCGGCUUUCGCAGUGGCCGCCAGAAACGGAUGAUCCGAAGUGCAUCUUCGAACCACGAGCCUUCUCUCCUACCUGCCUUACGGUCUUGUGUGUGUCUCUCUUUACUCAAUUGUCUCCUCUCCUCUCCUCCCAGGCUCAUAGGAAAGCGUUUCUCUCUUUCUUUUGAUCCGUCCGUCAUCAUGAGCUCCCUGGGCUUGCGGAGCCUAGCUCCCGCAUCCAAGUUCUCCCGUACUAUUAACCAGAGACGUCUCUUCUCCUCGUCCCGGCCUGCAGCCCGGAUAUUUGGCAACCCCAACAACCCGCUGCGCGCUAAGGAGGCCAAUGGAUACAUCUCUGACAAAUACCCCGUGAUUGACCACGAGUACGAUGCCGUCGUUGUUGGUGCUGGUGGUGCCGGUCUGCGUGCGGCUUUCGGUUUGGCGGAAGCUGGCUUCAACACUGCCUGUGUUUCCAAGCUUUUCCCUACCAGAAGUCACACUGUCGCUGCUCAGGGUGGUAUCAAUGCUGCUCUUGGAAACAUGCACCAGGACGACUGGAGAUGGCACAUGUACGAUACCGUCAAGGGUUCCGACUGGCUCGGUGACCAGGACGCCAUCCACUACAUGACCAAAGAAGCCCCUGCUUCCGUUCGUGAGCUUGAGAGCUACGGUUGUCCCUUCUCGCGUACCGAGGAUGGACGUAUCUACCAGCGUGCCUUCGGUGGUCAGUCCAAGGAGUACGGCAAGGGUGGUCAGGCCUACCGUUGCUGCGCUGCUGCUGAUCGUACCGGUCACGCCCUUCUGCACACCCUCUACGGCCAGUCUCUCCGUCACAACACCAACUACUUCAUUGAAUACUUCGCCCUCGACUUGCUGAUGGAGGACGGUGAGUGCCGCGGUAUCAUCGCCUACAACCAGGAGGAUGGUACCCUCCACCGUUUCAAGGCUCACCACACCGUACUUGCCACCGGUGGUUACGGACGUGCCUACUUCUCGUGUACCUCCGCCCACACUUGCACUGGAGACGGUAUGGCCAUGGUCGCCCGUGCUGGUCUCCCCAACCAGGAUCUGGAGUUCGUCCAGUUCCACCCGACUGGUAUCUACGGUGCCGGAUGUCUGAUCACUGAGGGAUCUCGUGGUGAGGGUGGUUACCUGCUGAACUCGGAGGGUGAGCGUUUCAUGGAGCGUUAUGCUCCUACCGCCAAGGACUUGGCUUCACGUGAUGUUGUGUCUCGUUCGAUGACCCUGGAAAUCCGUGAGGGCCGUGGUGUUGGUCCCGAGAAGGACCAUAUCUACCUCCAGCUGAGCCACCUUCCCGCUGAGCUCCUGCAUGAGCGUCUGCCCGGUAUCUCCGAGACCGCCUCGAUUUUCGCCGGUGUCGAUGUCACCAAGCAGCCCAUCCCUGUCCUGCCCACCGUCCACUACAACAUGGGUGGUAUCCCCACCAAGUACACUGGUGAGGUCCUGACUGUUGACGAGGGCGGCAAGGACAAGGUUGUCCCUGGUCUGUACGCCUGUGGUGAAGCCGCCUGUGUGUCUGUCCACGGUGCCAACCGCCUGGGAGCCAACUCUCUUCUUGACCUGAUCGUUUUCGGUCGUGCUGUCUCUCACCGUGUCCGCGACAUCUCCAGCCCUGGCCAGCCCCACAAGGAGCUGAGUUCCGACGCUGGUGCUCAGUCGAUCCAGGACCUCGACUUUGUCCGCAACGCCGACGGUCCCCAGACUACCUUUGACAUCCGUAACGCCAUGCAGAAGUCGAUGCAGUCGGACGUCAGCGUCUUCCGUACUCAGGAGAGUCUGGACGAGGGUGUUGAGAAGGUCACCAAGGUUGACUCGCAAUUCGACCAGGUUGCUACCAAGGACCGCAGCAUGAUCUGGAACUCGGACUUGGUCGAGACUCUUGAGCUCCGUAACUUGUUGACUUGCGCUUCGCAAACCGCUGUUGCUGCCGCUAACCGUAAGGAAUCCCGUGGUGCCCACGCCCGUGAGGACUACCCCGAGCGUGAUGACGAGAACUGGAUGAAACACACCCUCACAUGGCAGAAGACCCCUCACGGCAAGGUCGAGCUGGGCUACCGUGAAGUCGAGGCCGAAACCCUGGACACUAACGAGUGCAAGCCCGUGCCGCCGUUCAAGCGUACCUACUAAGCGCGUUGCCAGGAGAGCGAGUGUUAUAGUUAAUGAUGCAUGGGUGGAGCACGUUUCACGUGGUAGCUUUAUUUUUGGCUACAAAGAACAAAUUCCAUUGUGCCAUUCCGUUGUGCCGACAGGGAUGUCAUUUGCCAACCCUGUCCGUGGUUUAGUGGCAGGUGAUGGACUCACGAAGGAUGAAGGCAAAAGGCAAAAAGAGGACGCCAUGCAAAAUUCUGACUUUGUUUAUUUGUGUUACUUUAUACUUGUAUAUCCAUAUUUCCUUCCGCCAUGUUAUGUCUUAUAGCAGUUUUUGUCAUUAUACAAUUGGAGUUUCAUCGGAGACCUUACGUCCCGUAGACUAUGGUAUCACAAAGUACAAAAUUGCAAAUACACGAUCAACAGCCACCGCCAGAUCUGCUGAUCCCUCGAAAGGAACGUCAAAACCCGAAGAAAUACCCAAUCCGGC